AUGAACCAGGGCCCGACACAGCAGCAGGUCAACAACAGCUACUACCCCGGUCUCAACGAGUCCGAGGCGCUCAAGCGUGCCCGCCGUCCUUACCAGAUGCGCAACCUCCUCACCGGCGGUGCUGUCGUUGCGUUCAUCCUCGGCGUUUACGCGUACUCGAUCUCGGCUGUCAAGCAGGACGACUUCUCUGACGUCGUCGACCUUCUCCCGCCCGCCGAGGAGCGUGCCCUCGUCAAGACGAUCGAGGACGAGCAGCGCGAGGCCGAGGCCGCUCGUCUUGGCUCCACGUCCACCUCUUCCACUCCCUCUUCUACCUCCGCUUCCUCUUCCAGCUCGUCUCCGUCUUCGGCUUCGGGCAAGUCGGGCGUCGCCUCGCUCCUCCCCCGCCGCCUCAGCGACAUCGAGUGGGUGCGCCAGCGCGGACUCGUCGAGCCUGGACGUGACAACGUGCUUGUCUGGGGAGCGCCGAGCGUCGACAAUAUCGGAAACAUGAGGCAGAACCCGGGCACGACGCCCGGCUCCAAGCCCCUCUAA